GAGACAGUCGUGCGCUCGCCGGGUUACCUUCAAAUAUAGGUGUCGCGUUCCAGUGUACCUAUACUUCAGUGGCGUUGUGUGUAUGCGCAACUAGUUAAGAAAAUCCAAACAUGGCGUGUAAUGCAGUGUAAUGUGAAUAAUAUUUUUAACCAUAUGCAAAUAAUAAAUAUAUCCUAUCGACCGAUAUUUUUCUUAUUUUAUAAGGAUGUACUCCUUAGUGCAUAAAACUGAAAAUGCUCAUGAAGACAGCAUUUGGACAUGUGCAUGGGGCUGUUUAAAAGAACAGAAAAAUUCUGAACCCAAUAAUGAGGACUCCAGAGAUUCUAUACAUUCUGGUCAAAGAGAAUCACUUGAGUACAUAGUGACUGGUUCAGUAGAUGAUUCUGUGAAAGUAUGGGAGCAGAAAGAUUCAAAUUUAAAAUUGAAAUACAAACCUUCAGGUCAUUCACUUGGAGUAGUAUCUGUAGCUAUAAAUUCCGAUGGAUCGAAAUGUGCUUCUAGUUCACUUGACUCUAGUCUAAGGUUAUGGAAUUUGGCAACUGGAGAGAAAAUAUCUAAUAUUGAAGUAGGACCUGUGGAUAUCUGGACAGUGGUUUUUUCACCAGAUGAUAAAUUUAUUGUAUCAGGAAGUCAUGCUGGCAAAAUACACUUAUAUGGUACUGAAAGUGGUAAACAAGAACAAACAUUGGAUACUAGAGGUGGAAAGUUUACUUUGAGUGUGGCUUACAGUCCUGAUGGUAAAUACAUUGCAAGCGGUGCAAUAGAUGGAAUUAUUAAUAUAUUUGACGUCGCUUAUGGAAAAGUACUACGAACGUUAGAAGGUCAUGCGAUGCCAAUUAGAUCUUUAUGUUUUUCACCUGAUUCACAAUUACUUCUCACGGCAUCCGACGAUGGACAUAUGAAAUUAUAUGACGUGAAAGAUGCUAAUGUAGCCGGAACGAUGUCGGGUCACGCUUCCUGGGUACUUGGCGUUGCGCUUUCACCAGAUGGGCAAACAUUUGCAUCAAGUAGUUCAGAUCAUACCGUAAAAAUUUGGGAAUUAGCUCAACGACAAUGCCUCCACACAUUUAACGACCAUACAGACCAGGUAUGGAUGGUGAAAUAUCAUCCAGAAAAGAAAAAUAUGUUAGUAUCUGUAUCGGAAGAUAAAUCCAUUAAUUUAUACGAAUGUCCAACAUAAGAAAAACACAUUUGAUAUGUUACAAAAUAAAAUAUUACACUGUGGCAUUAUUUAUGUUUAUCAGACUCCUUAUCUGUGGUACAUACAAUGAUCAAAUACAUCGGUAUUACCUAUAAA